AGAAGAUUUAGAGAGACCGUUAGUCUUAGCAGUAGUAAAACCCCUGACGUUUUUGGAGGGACUUUUCUUGAGUUUAUUUACAUUUUAGUUUCCGGUUUAUGCUUAGUUUAGUCGUCCUGAAUCCAAGAUGCCCAUAUUAGUAAAAACGCAAAGUUCUGGCAAAGGCGAUUGGGCCAUCAUUGAACUGCAAGGUGAUCUGGAAGUCAGAAGCAAUCAGGACAUGCAUAACCAGUUCAUUGGCGAUCUCUACUACAACAAAUAUGGGCAACCUAUUCUGAUCAUAGGCCACCACAUCCUUCAGGGUCGCGAACAGAAGCUGGAGAAACCCUUUGCCGUGCUGGAAAAAUCAAAAACAAACGAGGGCGAACGCCUGCUGGACACCAGCAUCGCCACUCAGGAUAUGACCCAACUGAAUGCCACCUCGGGAGCUGAACGCACUGUCCUGGAUCACACAAUUGCCCAGGAACACAAGACUCGGCAGCGAACCGAGUACACCGUCCGCGCUGUUUGCACCAAAAAAUUAAUCUUCAAGUCCCGGCCGAAACCCAUUAUCGCCAAUGUGGCCAAGACCGUUUAGCUGUCUUUUUAAAAAUAUAUACUUUUAUUUACUUUUUA